AAUGCAUACCAUCUUUUUCUGUUUUCCUUUAGGGUAAUUCCCCUCCUGCAUUUACUUUUGGAUGGAAAUAUGCUCUUUUUCCAGUAGAAGAUGGUAAACUUGGAGAAUGACCAUGGAGAAGGGGAUGAUUUCUGGCGAAGGGCUGCCUUCCAGAUCAUCUCAGGUUCCGGCUGUUAAAAUAACAGCCAAAGAGUUGGAAACCAAGCAGUCCCAUAAAGAGAAGCGAGGGGGCUUUGUGUUGGUGCAUGCAGGUGCAGGUUAUCAUUCGGAAUCCAAAGCCAAGGAAUAUAAACAUGUAUGCAAACGAGCUUGUCAGAAGGCAAUUGAAAAGCUACAGGCUGGUGCUCUUGCAACAGAUGCAGUGACUGCAGCUCUGGUGGAACUGGAGGAUUCUCCUUUUACAAAUGCAGGAAUGGGAUCUAAUCUAAAUCUCUUGGGUGAAAUUGAGUGUGAUGCCAGCAUUAUGGAUGGAAAAUCCUUAAAUUUUGGAGCUGUUGGAGCACUGAGUGGAAUCAAGAACCCAGUCUCAGUUGCGAACAGACUCUUGUGUGAAGGGCAGAAGGGCAAGCUCUCCGCUGGCCGCAUUCCUCCCUGCUUUUUAGUUGGAGAAGGAGCCUACAGAUGGGCAGUAGAUCAUGGAAUACCCUCUUGCCCUCCUAACAUCAUGACCACAAGAUUCAGUUUAGCUGCAUUUAAAAGAAACAAGAGGAAACUAGAGCUGGCAGAAAGGGUGGAAACAGAUUUCAUUCAACUAAAGAAAAGAAGACAAUCAAAUGAAAAGGAGAACUCAGGCACUUUGGACACGGUGGGCGCUGUGGUUGUGGACCAUGAAGGGAAUGUUGCUGCUGCUGUCUCCAGUGGAGGCCUGGCCCUGAAGCAUCCAGGGAGAGUUGGGCAGGCUGCUCUUUAUGGAUGUGGCUGCUGGGCUGAAAAUACUGGAGCUCAUAAUCCCUACUCCACAGCUGUGAGUACCUCAGGAUGUGGGGAGCAUCUUGUACGCACCAUACUGGCUAGAGAAUGUUCACAUGCUUUACAAGCUGAAGAUGCUCACCAAGCUCUGUUGGAGACUAUGCAAAACAAGUUUAUUGGUUCACCUUUCCUGGCCAGUGAAGACGGCGUGCUCGGAGGGGUGAUUGUUCUCCGAUCCUGCAGAUGUUCCGCGGAGCCCAGCUCCUCCCGGAAUAAGCAGACUCUUCUAGUGGAAUUUCUGUGGAGCCACACGACGGAGAGCAUGUGUGUUGGCUACAUGUCAGCCCAGGAUGGGAAAGCCAAGGCUGGAAUUUUAUUGUAUUGCAAGUAAGACACAGUUAUAGCUGAGAAGCUGGGCUCAAAAGGGAAGGGGCUAUAACAACUCAUAUUCUUCUUAAGAGCAGAAGCCCUUGGCCUACCCCCGAUUCCUGCCUCCUCUGGAGAACUGUGGAAUUAGUGGCAGGACUGGUCAGCAGAAUGACUGGGUUGUAAAACACCCUUGCACAUGAUGCUGAGAACCAUGGCAGUGAAAUGAAGAAGAACGCAUCUUUAAAAACUAAAAUAAAUUUUGUAAUUUAGAAACUAUUUCAGAAAAAAUUUUUUUCUCCAUUUGUUCUGCUUUCCAAAUAUUGCCACCUUUGUGCUUGUUACCGAACUCAGAAACUAAAGCCACCCAGCUUUUGAACAUUUUAUGUAAGCUAAUCUAAGUUAAUGCCUUGAAUUAAAGCUCACCUCAAAAUCAUACUGCUUAAAAAGGUUGGAUAAUAAUAUCACUUUAUCCAGAAUUCAUGUAUAAUUUGAAUAAAAAGAUGUAGAUUCUUUUGUAAGUUUCUUUUUUUUAUAGGAUGGUCUGUCAGCUAUAUCAUUUAACUUCUAAAGUCUUCUGUAGCCUAAGUUAAAGAGAUUUCUUUUCAUUGAACAAAAAUUAGGGCACUGAUAACAGUUGGAUUUAAAAAUCAGAUCCCAUAUCCUGCCCAGAUAGCAGUUAAUGGACAGUUUUUAAUAAACACCUAGUGUGCAUGGACUACAGUAAUAAAAACAGAUGCUAAAACUGGCAUGGAACUUAAGUAUAAUAAGUGAACCCAACAUUUCUUCUACUAUGUAGAGGUCACUUUUUAUAGCAGUAGUGAUGAAAAUACUAUUAUAAAAAUUCUACCUUGGGGAGGAACGAGCUAUUUUGUGGUCUUAAAGUAUCUCCUCACAGAUUUCUUACUAGUUGCUGGGGAGAAUACUAGUUUAUACUGGAGAAACCAGGCAACAACUUGACUGUGGUCAAAAUUCAUGUCAGGUGUAAGGGGCAGAUGGACAUUAUGUGCCUCUGGAUGUGAUAACCUGAGAAGACACAAAUACCACUUCCAUAGUAGCCCACCUGGAAGUGCAUUACCUGUACCUAAUCCCAAGGAAACAGAAAAAUCUAAAAUGGUGAACAUUCUAUGAAGAAAGAAAAGGGUCUGUACAGUUGAACUUGAACAAUAUGGGUGUGAACUAUACAGUCCACUUAUAUGUGGAUUUUUUUUCAAUACAUGCUGUAAAUAUAUUUUCUCUUAUGAUUUUCUUAACGUUAUUUCUUUGGCUACUUUAUUGUAAGCUAUAGUAUGUAACACAUAUAACAUAUAUAUGUAAAUCAGCUGUUUACAUUAUUGGUAAGGCUUCACUGGUAAGGUCAAGAGUAGUUAAGUUUUUAGGGAGUCAAAGUUAUGCACAGAUUUUUUACUGCAUGGGAGGUUGGUGCCCUUAACCCUGUUAUCCAAGGGUCAACUGUAUUCUUAAAAAAUCUCAAGGUCAUAAAAGCAAAGGCUGCACAAAUGUUCCAGAUUAAACAAUACUAAAGGAGGGGGAAAUACAUUAUUAGGUUAAUUUACAAAAUUAGAAUAUGGAUGGUAAACAUGUUGCAUCAUUUUUAAAUUUGUUGUGACUGUACUGCGUUUUGUAAGGAAAUAUGCUUACUCUUAGGAAAUACAAACUGAAGUAUCUAGGGUUAAAGGACCAUAACAUAUGCAAUAUCAUCAUGAUGGCCCAGAAAAAAAAUGUUCUGGGGAUGGGUGGUGGGUGGAUAGCAAAUUACAAACCAAAUGGAGCAAAAUGGAACCUGGAUAAAGGAAGCAUGGGUAUUCCUUGAACUAGUCCAUAAUUUUGAAAUUAUUUUCAAAUAAAAAGUUAAUAUUACCCUUGGAUAAUAUGGUACAUUUGAUUGGUCCUUUGGGCCUUGCAGUUGACGUGAACAAGCAUUGGAAUGGAUGUGGUGCCGGGAAGUAGGAACCUGGGGUGUCCUCCACUCGGUGCGUGCUGAGAGCCUGAUGUGGUGUGAUCACUCUGCCCCUCUGCUUCUCAGAGGACUCAUCUGGAAAAUGAGAAUUAAAGUACCUCACUAUGCCUUCAGUCCUUCCUGGGAUAGGCAUGAUAGGAACAGGGAAGCAAGAUCUUAUUGUCUGAAUAUAGAUGACUGGACCCCCAUUAAGUUAUUCAUAUAAUAUUAUGGCUGUAUUGUCUAUAUUGUGGUUAUUGUAUAUAUUAUAGCCCUUUGCCCCAGAUAGUUGUUUCCAAUCUGCAAAAUUUGAAAUCCUACAUGCCAGAUUACAUAAGCAGAUAGUUGCUAGUCAGUUUUUCAGUAGAAUUUUAUGAUCCCAGUGUCGUAUCUACUAUGUUUUGUUUUUAUGAAGAUGGUUUCUGGGGCUUUAGGAAAAUUCUCAAUAAAUGUCUAUUUAGAAGGGAUAGCACAGAUGAAAUUUCUGAGAACUUUUUUUAGAUUUAACUUAUUUCUCAAAUAAAGCCAUGGGUGGAAGACUUAACGAUGCAGACACAGUUUGCGAAAUGCAUUGUUAGGCAAUUUAGUAGUUGUGUGAGCAUCGUUGUGUGUUCUUAACAAAUCUAGAUGGUAUAGUCUACUAUACACUAGGCUAUAUGGGAUAGCUUAUUGCUCCGGGGCUAUAAACCUGUAUAGCAUGUUACUGCACUGAAUACUCUAGGCAGUUGUAACAUAAUGGUAAAUGUUUGCAGUAAAAAUAUAGUAUAAAAGAAAAAAGAAUGGUACAUUGGUAUUGGGCACUUACCAUGAAUGGAACUUGCAGGACUGGAAGUUGCUCUGGUGAGUGAGUCCAUGAGGGAAUGUGAAGGCUAGGACAUUACUGUCCACCACUGCAGACUUUACAAACUCUGCAAGAGUAAAUCAAGUACAAGAGAAAAUGAUGCAGUCAAGCGAUGCUGCAAACACAGGAUGUGUGAUGAGGAUGCUGGUGUAUAAUGUGGAUACUGCUUCACAGCAAACUGGUUUGUGAGUAGAAAGAGUACACCCUAAAAUAACAGUAAAACUUAUAGAAUAGUAAAUAUGUAAACCAGU